CAAACGAUUUAAAACUCUGUGGCACGCUAACCGGAAGCGGGCCUUCAGUGACGCAAGAGUCUAGCCGGAAGAGAUGGAGGUAGUUACAAACUGUGAAAGAGAAAACAAAUCGAAUUGUUCGUAAUAGGGACUUCGAGAGAGAGGGGGCAAAAAACAGCAAAACCGGGAAACCUAGUGAGAUUAAAAAUCCGGUUAUAUAAAGGGAGCAACGAUAUAGAGCUAAGAAUGAUAAACAAUAAGGCCAGGCUCUCUGGCCAUUGCAGUACAUGCAGCACAAAGACAUUGAAAUAGCCAGUAAGUUUAACUGUGCAAGUGUGGAGUACCAAGCGGAGUUUAAUUACGAUCAAAAGCUAUUGGCGAGUUUGUAAUUUAUUAACCGCACAUUGUACGCGAGAAAGGCAGACCAAAAAACUUCACACACCCACUGUCAAUAAAAAUAAUCUAACUGCCACAUUCCGACUGUACUCAGAACUACACGCUUAACAUAGAGAAAUAUGAUUGUAUUAUAAAUAGUGUGUCGUACUGUUUUCAAAGUGACAGCGGUAUUGUUGCUUUGCUCGUGUAGUUUGUCGGUUAUGUUAAGAAUACAUAGCAUUCUUUAUUAAUAAACUGAGCCUGUGCGUGGUUGGCGUUGAUUUUAUAUUGCUGUUAUUAAUAUUGGCACAUAGGCAGUUGUUAUUUGGGGUAACCGCAUUGCCAGUGGUAGGAUGCCGCUACUUUUCUUAGAACGGUGCCCUUCGCCCAGUUUGCAAACCUACACUGGUCUUAGUGCGGUGUUGCUGGUUGGCAGUGUACUCAGCGCCUAUCACACAGUGACCGAGCCAGUCCAGGAAGAUCUCGGUACCGAAGACAACUCUAAAAUUCUGCCCAGUCCGACCACACAGCAAGACUUCGAUAGCGGGGUGGCUACAAAGAUAUUCUGGCACCUCGUUUCAGACAGUUUCUUUGUAUGGGUUCUUGUAAACACAGCCUGUUGUUUCCUGAUGCUAAUUGCUACAAUUAUCCAAUGCAUGGUGUUUGGCCCCUUGCGGGUCAGUGAGAGGCAGCACCUGAAGGACAAAUUCUGGAACUUCAUCUUCUACAAGUUUAUAUUUAUCUUCGGGGUCCUGAAUGUCCAGUCUGUGGAGGAGGUUGUGAUGUGGUGCCUCUGGUUUGCAGUUUUGGUUUUCUUGCACCUCAUGGUCCAGCUCUGCAAAGAUCGCUUUGAAUAUCUGUCUUUCUCCCCCACCACCCCGAUGAGUAGUCACGUCCGAGUCCUGUCCCUGCUGGUGUCAAUGCUGCUUUCCUGCUGUGGGUUGGCUGUAGUGAGUGGGGUGGCUGGCUAUAUCUAUGGAAUGCACACUUUUGCUUUCACGGCUGCAGAGUGUCUGCUAGUCACAGUCCGAACAGGUCAUGUCAUCAUGCGCUACACUAUCCACCUGUGGGACCUCAAUCAUGAAGGCACCUGGGAGAGCAAGGGUACCUAUGUGUACUACACAGACUUCUGCAUGGAAGUGUCCUUGCUCUCCUUGGACCUGACGCAUCACAUCCACAUGUUGCUCUUUGGUAAUAUCUGGCUCUCCAUGGCCAGCCUGGUUAUUUUCAUGCAGCUUCGGUACCUCUUCUAUGAAGUUCAGCGCAGGAUUCAACGUCACAAAAAUUACCUUCGAGUGGUUGGAAACAUGGAGGCAAGGUUUGCCAUAGCCACUUCUGAAGAACUGGCUGCCAACAGCGAUGACUGUGCAAUAUGCUGGGAUUCAAUGCAGGCCGCUCGUAAACUGCCAUGUGGACAUCUUUUCCACAACUCCUGCCUGCGUUCCUGGCUAGAACAGGAUACCUCCUGCCCUACAUGUCGCAUGUCCCUGAAUAUCAAUGAGAACAGCAGAGCCAGAGAAGACAGGCAGAGGGAGAACUUGGGAGAAAACAUCGGGCCAGUGCCGGGAGCCGAGGCCAGGCCUCACAUCAACCACCACAACCACUUCUUUCAUUUCGAUGGCUCCCGGAUUGCAAGCUGGCUGCCCAGUUUCUCAGUAGAGGUGAUGCACACAACUAACAUCCUUGGUAUUACACAGGCUAACAACUCCCAGCUCAAUGCUAUGGCACACCAAAUCCAGGAAAUGUUUCCCCAAAUCCCUUACCACCUAGUGCUCCAGGACCUGCAGUUAACAAGUUCAGUAGAAAUUACCACUGACAACAUUCUGGAGGGGAGAAUCCAGGUGCCUUUCCCCACACAACCAAGUGAGCAGAUACCCCUGGAGCUCAGUCCAGGCACUGAUGAGGCUGCUGGAGCCAGUGGAAGCUCUGAGAGUGUACCCAAUGAGACAGAGGACCUUGAAGCCAGGGGGAGUCGCUUCUCCAAGUCCGCUGAGGAGAGACAGAGAAUGCUUCUGCAGAGGAAGGAUGAGCUUUUACAGCAUGCACGCAGGAGAUAUCUUAGUAAAAGCCCUGAUCAGGAGGAAGAGGAGGAAGAGGAUGAAGAAAGUAUCCUCUUCUCAGGGCGGAGUUCCCCUAAUACUGACUCUCUCACAGUGCGGCGCAGAAUGCUGGCAGCUGCUGCAGAAAAGAGAAUGGAGAGGCAGCAGGACCCUCUGCUAUAAGGACUUCUGGAGGGAGAUACCAUGAUGCUAGAUCUUUAUACCAGCAGCGGCAAGUUCUUCUUGAGUAAACUAACUGGAGCAGUGUCACAGUUAAAAGGGGAAAAAAAAGAAGCUAAAACAACAAAAAAAAGGCAAAAAAGAAGCGCUUAUUUUUUUCACAUCUCACUGACAAAAUAGUUUUUUUUUUUAAUGUGAGCAUGACACUUUGCCUAAAUUGCUUGGCUGUUUUUAGGUUGCUUUAGAAAGACAGACCUUUGUGGGACAUAUCAAAGACUGUUGCUGUUAACAAAGCCAAAUACUGUAGCAUUUAGCUUUAAAAUCUACAUAUAUAUUUUUAGACACAAGCACAGAUAAAAAGACAAGGUAUAUGACAUUUGGUUUAUCAAAUGCAAAGUGAUUUAAUUGGUUAAAGUCCUUUGCCUGUUUACAGUAAGAGUUAAAUUAGCCAUCAUUUGUCUAAAUGAUUUAAAACAGAGAAAGGACUUGUGCCUGUUUUUCUAGAGAUGCUGGCACUUGUUCUGAGAAUCUAGCAGCAGAUCAAGUUGCAGAUUCAGGAAUCACACACCCUUUUAGUAUUUGAAAAGAUUUUGUACUUGGGAGUGGCAAAACUGUGACCUGUACUGCAGAGAAGCAAUGGGGAGAAAGUUCUAUCAUUCUUUCUGUUUGCCAUAUAUAGUAUCGCUUCUAAAGCCUGAUUUAAUGUUUAACAGAUUAGUUUCCAAAAUGCGUAUUUAUACAGCAACAUGUUAAACCAUCAAAGGAAUAGAUAACCCAAAUUGUCUGUUUACAGCUUUGUCAAAAAUGGUAUGAGGAUGUGAAAAACAACCAAGUUUUACUGAGAAGAAAAUCUUGAAGCUGCAGGCGGAAAGCAUAACUUUUCAUUUAUAGUAUUUAUAAUUUUAACAUUUUUAAUAGUCUGAAUAAGCUUGUUUUUGAGUAAAAGAUUAAAAGCAUUAUAUUGAGAGCUGCCAAUUCAAAUUUAGAAGUUGCUUCUGAGGGCCAAGUUUUGAUAUGUAUUCAAGAUCAAAUAGCAUGCCCACAAUUUAAAAUAGCACUCUGUAAUAUCAGUCAGUCUAGGUAAAGCAAGAGGCUAAUCGAAAGCUUAUCAUAACAGAAUUACUCAAAGAAAUAAAUGAAAUUACAAAUGUUUCCAUUUUUUCAGUACCUCCUUUUCAGAGACAUUGAAGAGACUUGUGGAUGAAAUGUUUUUCUAACUUCAGCACUAUUGAAUGUUUAAUAGUUCUGGGUGAUUCAUCCUGAAGACUGUAAGCAUUUAUCCAAGUCUGUGCUUUUAGCUCCGCUAUGAUGCUUUACAGACUUUAAAGCAGUGCUAAUGCAUGGGGAUCAGAUCUCAAAACAAUCAUCUACAAGAGAACAAUUUUCCCAGAUUUAUUUAUUUAUUUAUUUAUUUAUUUAUUACUUGUAAUAAUUUGGCUACAACACCUGAAGUACAUUUGUUUUUUUGUAAAUUAAAUGUUGGGAACCCAUGUACUCCAACUAAUCAAUACCAUUAGAGCCACAACAUUUAGUAGCACGCCGAUGAAAUCCAAGUAUUACCAAGGUUUUGUUGAGAUUGUGUUUGAUUCCCUUGGAGGGUGCACUAGCAUUUACAUUUCCCCUAUGUCAUAAACGCUGCUUUUUAAAAAAAAGCAAAGCUUCCUAUGUAAGAAGCAUUUCAGUGUUCCAGACGUCGGUGGAGGUUGAAAUGUCACUGUGUUAUUUAGUCCUGUUGCACACAAAUAUCUUUGUAGCAAAAGUUUUGAAGGUAUUUGCUAAUCUGAACUACAGCUGUGUUACAUGUAUAUUUCUACCAUCCCAAAGUAUAAUAUUUUAUAUUGUCAAGCAAUACGCUUCUGUCGUCCAUGUUGAGACUUCUACAGAUGGCUUUACUAAUUGAGAACGUGUUUUAUGAAACUGAAAAGGCAUAACCUAUUUGAUGGUUUUUGAUAACCCCCAAAGCAUUUGUGCCUAAGUAAAAAGAGGACUACAGCAUAUACAUAAAUCUGUAGAAGCUGUUUUUGUAAUUAUUUUUUUAAUGACAAAAGACUGAUUUUUAUUAAACAUUUUGCUCGCCCUGCAAAAGGAAACGUAGCUGCAGAGCUACAAUAGAAGCCUUUAACCAAACCUAACUUAAUUUUCUUCUGUGCAGAGAGCUCCAAAGAGCCUUAAAGUGAUGCAUUUAUUUUACUAUUUAAAAAAAAAAAAAGGUUCCAUUCAUCUAGACUUCAGAUUGUCUGCUGUUUUGUUUGAGCUUUUAAUUCUUCAAUAAAUAAACUGCCAUUACCCGUU